AUGUUAUUGUCCUCCCUUGGUAGAUAGCCAGGAUUGAAGUUGAAUAUGACCCUGGCCCAGAAGGGAUCGAAUUUUCAAAGCUUUUGUGAAUGUCCGCCUCAUGUGCUUUGUAUUCAUAAACAUCCUGCUCCUGCAUUCCUCUGACACUGACCCACUCAACCAUGGAAAAGUCUAGACAGGCACAUGACCCAUGUGCAGCUAAGGCCUAUUGCUUCGUAUAAAUUCAAUCACUCCUGAAACGAGGAGGAGAUGAGAUGAAUUAUGAAUCUCUUAUCAGAUGGGUUCUAAAAUGAUAUGGGGCAGCUAGGAUGCUUUUCAUGUGAUCAGCACGGGGUUUGUAUUGCUAGAUAUUGACAGAUAAGGCUAAAAAACCAAUGGCUGGUUCGACAUCUAUCAUCAAUUUUGCUCUUUAAUUGCGGCUUAAAAUAAGGUUUUCUGCCUUUUUCCUUUUUAAUUUUUUAUUAAUCUACUGCUCCCAUGGAGGCAUGGACUCGGCAUCACAGAAGACUUAAAGAAGGCUAAGAAAUUGAUAGCAGUAGAUGAAGACGCUGGUAGAUUAUUAAAAACUUAAUGCUGUUGAAAGCAACGAUAAUUGGCGUUAAAGUCUGUUGUUUUACAUUCAGAUAAGGUUUGGUAGCAUCAACAGCAUUAAGUUUUACAUUCAAAUCACAGUUGCAUUUGUCGUUUUGUUGAAACCAAAAAUUACCAGAAAAAUGUGUUCAAUUAUUUAAUAAACAAGAUUGGAGCCGGUAAAUAAUUAGAUGCUCAACAAAUUCACAUUAAAAAAGAAAAUGAAAACAUUUUCAAACAUUUGGGUUUUGGAAGCUCCCCUUCCAAAUUUCCAAAUAUAUGGAAUAAAAAACAUUUGCUGACAUUUUGAGUGGGGGAGGGGGCCCAACAACUAAAGAUGCAUUGGCAAUGCUAGGUGCCGAGUUUAAACCGCUCGAUUCACAAGGCCCAUUGUCAUGAGUUUCCCUCAGGGCCGUCCGAUUGACUAUCGUUUAUCUCGAGAUAUCCUGAGUUUUUGAAUUCAACUUCGCCAGAAGUAUCUGCUAGUUUCAUCUCUCAAGUUUUCAAAUUUCCUCUGAACUAACACCCGACACCUGUUCACUGUCAGAUCACUCAAAAAAAAAAAAUAAAUAAAAAAGAAAAAAAAAAACUCUUCUUCAAAAAUUAAAUAUUUCCCUCUUUCACACUGGAAUGAAGUUGUAAACUUGUAAUAACUAACAAGUUCUUUGCUUCGUUGAACCAACCUUUCUUUUCUUUUCUUUUCUUUUUUUCCAUUAUUGUAGCUUUGAAAGCUAAGUUUUGGAUCUAAAACAGAGGAUUUCGUGACUUUUUUGGUGCGAUUGAUCAGUUUUGAGAUAGAGAUCGAAAAAUGGUGAUGAAAGAGAGAGACGAAGAGCUAGCUUUGUUCCUGGAAAUGAGGAGACGAGAGAAGGAGAAAGAGAAGAACAACAAUCUUCUCUCACUUCACAACUCUGAAGAACUCAAUGUUCCUUUAGGAUCUAACGUCAACGUAAACGGAAACGGCUGCGGCGGCGUUUCUCCGAUAUCGAAGAUUGUCUCGGCUGUGCCUGUACGGAAGACCGCAGCUGAUAAUUUUUUGAAUUCGGAGAAUGAAAAGUCUGAUUAUGAUUGGCUUCUUACUCCACCCGGUACACCGCUGUUUCCCUCUUUGGAGAUGGAAUCACAGAAGACACUAAUGAGCCAAAUUGGGAUGUCUAAUGUUCGUCCCGCUGCUUUGAAAACAAGGCUGGCAAAUCUCCCGGUGGAACCUGCUUCAAAGAGCACUCUAGCACCAAAGCAACAAACUCCUUCCGCCGGACUAAACUCUUCCAGUACUCUUAAUAAAAGGCCAUCCUCUUCGGGGGGUCCAAAGCCUGCUAGUAGACCUGCAACACCUACUGGCCGACCCGUUCUAUCCACAGCAACAAAGCCUUCAAGGUCUUCUACACCUACAUCACGAGCCACCUUGCCUUCCACAAAACCUACUGCUUCUACAUCAAGAUCCUCAACUCCAACUAGAUCCACUGCACGUUCUUCCACACCAACUACUAGACCCUCUUUGCCUGCUUCGAAGUUGACAUCAAGGUCAGCUACGCCAACACGUCGACCAACUUCCUCAUCUUGUAUGCCUGUUGCAGCUGCACCUUCUGGUCGAUCUUCUUCAGUAACAAGAUCAGCUUCCACUUCUUCAGUACCAAAAUCAGCUCCUGCUACGUCUUCUGUAACAAAAUCAGUUCCCACAACAUCAAAAAAUUCAGUACCAUCACGGGGCGCUUCUCCAACUGUAAAAUCUAGGCCUUGGAAACCAUCUCAGAUGCCUGGUUUUUCACUUGAUACUCCACCAAAUUUAAGAACAUCUUUGCCAGAAAGACCAGCUUCAGCCUCACGGGGGAGGCCAGGAGCACCUGGUGUUAGAUCAUCUUCGGUUGAGGCCAGUUCUAAUGGAAGAGCAAGACGUCAAUCCUGCUCUCCUGCUAGAAGUAGAGCAUCAAGUGGCAGUGUUGGUAAUGGGAGCUCCAUUCGUUCUGUGCGUAGAGCGGAUGCUGGUGGUAGUGACAACGAGAGUCCAGUAGUGAUGGGAACAAAAAUGGUUGAGAGAGUUGUAAAUAUGAGGAAACUGGUACCCCCAAAACAAGAUGAUAAUCCUCGUAAUAAUCCUACUACAAAGUUAUCUACCUCUCUCGACAGCUCAGGGUUUGGGAGAACACUCUCAAAAAAGUCUCUAGAUAUGGCUAUGAGACACAUGGAUAUCAGGCGUAUUUCAGGUAAUCAGCGUCCUCUUAUGACAAAUGUUCCAGCUUCCUCCAUAUAUAGUGUGAGAUCAGGAUCCACAAAGAGCAGGACAAUUAGUGUUUCUGAUUCUCCUCUUGCCACAAGCAGCAAUGCUAGCUCCGAGCCAAGUGUCAACAAUAAUUCCUUCUGUAUCGAUGGGAUUGAAAUGGAAGACAAUGAUCUCAGUAGCGAGAGAGGAAACUUGUCUCCCACCAGCCAGCGUGCUGGCUGAACAAGGGACUUUCAUACGAAAAAAUAUAUAUUGUCUUACAAGCUUAUCAUAUUUCUACGGUAAAUCUCAGUCAGCAUGAUGAUCAAAGAAACAACCUGUUCCUUAAAGAAGCUGAUGGAUGUGUCAGUACUUGUAGGUAAUUCUUCAGUAUAUUAAUGUAAGAAUGAGCUAGAUUUUGAGAAAACAAGAAACUAUUUUUUAGUUGAACUGUGACUCCUGGCAAUGGAAUUUGUGGAAAUGAUCGACUCCGCGCUCACGAAUCAUUCAUGCUUUUAACUUAUAAGUUUCCCAUCACAACCGUAACAUUUUCCGUUUGAGAUCAUACCACCGAAGCAUUCAGAAGUUUUGUUCAUACAAGUGCUGUUCAGAAAUUUUGGGGUUGGUCGAGAUGUGCAACUCUCUCUCUGGAAUUGUUGUAAAGUCUUAAAUACGUGAUUUGAAAAUAGUAAAAGCACUUUAAGGGUGAGUUUUUUCCU